CUUAGCGAUACGGUCGUUCUAGUCGUUAGUUAAUCGCUGCAGUGAUUAAGUAGAACGCCUAGGAUUUGGUAACUGGUUUUGCGAUCUGGUGGAACAGGUUGGACGCCUCUUUUCACGUCAGCUUAGGGUCGAGUUUUGGAAGCAAUACCUCAAUAGCAUCAUGGCACGCACGAUCGAAACGAUCGCUACAACUCCCUUCGAGGGACAAAAGCCUGGCACUAGUGGCCUCCGUAAAAAGGUUAAAGUGUUCAUGCAGAAGAACUACACGGAAAACUUUGUGCAAUGCAUCCUUGACGCCAAUGGUCCUGCUCUGGUCGGAUCGACGCUCGUUGUUGGUGGCGAUGGCCGUUACUUCUGCAAGGAAGCGAGUGAACUGAUCGUACGCAUCUGUGCGGCCAAUGGGGUAGCCAAGAUUUUGCUUGGCCAGAACGGUAUCCUCUCGACACCAGCAGUAUCGAGCUUGAUCCGGCGCCACAAGGCCCUCGGUGGCAUUGUGCUGACCGCUUCGCACAACCCGGGUGGCCCGGAGAACGAUUUUGGCAUCAAGUUCAACUGCGAAAACGGUGGUCCCGCACCGGACGCGUUCACAAACAAGAUCUACGCCCUGUCGGGUGAAAUCACGCAGUACAGGACCGCGUCAGUGUCGGUGGACAUCGGCAAGGUGGGUGUGACGAAUACGGAAAUCAACGGAAGACCGUUCACGGUAGAAGUGAUCGACUCGGUGGCCGACUACGUGCUCUUGAUGAAGGAAAUCUUCGACUUUGACCGUCUGCGGGAGUUUGUAAGCGGCAAGUCUCGUCCCGGCGGGCAGGCGAUCAAGAUGCGCAUCGAUUCAAUGAAUGGUGUCACGGGAAACUAUGUGAACGAAAUUUUCGUUAACUGUUUGGGAGCUCCGAAGGAUGGUGUCGUUCAUACGACCCCACUGCCCGAUUUCGGUGGACUCCAUCCAGAUCCGAAUUUGACCUACGCCAAGGAUCUGGUAGAUGCGGUGCGUGCCGGAGACUACGACAUCGGAGCCGCAUUCGAUGGCGAUGGUGAUCGUAACAUGAUCAUCGGACGUAAUGCGUUCUUCGUCACGCCGAGCGACUCUUUGGCCGUUAUCGCGCACUACCUGGAAAGCAUUCCGUACUUUAAGCGCAACGGUAUCCAAGGUCUGGCCCGAAGCAUGCCAACCGCAGCGGCCGUCGACCGUGUUGCCGAAGCGCUCGGCAAGGAAAUGUUCGAAGUGCCAACGGGCUGGAAGUACUUUGGCAAUCUUAUGGAUGCCGGGCGGCUGUGUCUGUGCGGCGAGGAAAGUUUCGGCACGGGCUCUAACCACAUCCGCGAGAAGGACGGCAUUUGGGCGGUGUUGGCCUGGCUCUCGAUCAUGGCACAGACGGGCAAGAGCAUUGAGGAAAUCUGCGUCGAACAUUGGAAACGAUACGGACGGAACUACUUCACGCGCUACGACUACGAAGAGUGCGAUCUGGCUCCAUGUAACGAGAUGAUGGACACACUGGAGAAAACCAUCACCGAUCCGGCGUUUGUCGGCAAGGAAUUUACCGCUGGCGGCAAGACCUACAAGGUGAAGCUGGGUGAUAACUUCAGCUACAACGAUCCGAUCGACAAGUCAGUAUCCACCAAGCAGGGCUUGCGGAUUGUGUUUAGCGAUGGCAGCCGGGUCGUGAUGCGUCUCAGUGGUACGGGAAGUUCCGGCGCCACCGUACGCCUGUACAUCGACUCGUACGAGAAGGAGAACGUGCUGGGCAGUGCGUCCGACAUGCUCAAACCUUUGAUCGAUAUUGCUUUGGAAGUUUCGAAACUGCCAACCUACACCGGCCGCAACGCACCGACCGUUAUAACGUAAACUGGUACAAACACGCCAUCCAAAAAAUAUUAACCCACGACUCUCCUCACCUCACGGUUGGUGUUACUCGGGGUGGCCGGCGUACAGAACAGUGCAAUAGAGUUCAUGCAUUCGUUGUUACCAUAAAAUGUGUGCAUUUGAAUCUUCAUCGUCCCUGUGUCGCAUGGUUUCGUUACAUGCUUUUUAUUGAUAUUUUUAGAGAAUGCACAGGAAAUAAAGUUAAACGUGUUUCAGAAAGUAGACUAAAACGCAAGUGUACUUCAAUGACACAAUACAAUGAGAAAUUACGGAAAUGGAGGCGCCAAGUGAUAACGCAAACAGAAAAUAGUAAGCAAAAAUUGUUUGCAAAGCCACAGAUAAUUGCUGG